UGCCAGCCAGUCUGUCCUGAUCUGCCUUCGGCAGGUCAGCUGUCUGUUUGUUCCAGCCUCCCGGAUGCUUUCAAAAACCGGAGAAGGGGCAGAACAGUCAGAUCAUUCAAGAUUAUCAGUGGAAUGAACAUUUCUGUUGCAGCUUUUGCUGGCAGGCUGUGGUUUGUGUAAUGAGAAAAAAAAAUUGACUUCUUGAAUGUGUUUCUGAGAAGCCUACCACAGUUUCAGUCUGUUGCUUAGUGUGAUCUCAGCUUGAGAAAAAAACAGUAUGAAUACAUCACUUCUCUCCUUCGCAGGAAAUUAUUCUGUUCAGAAUGUCUCAAAUGAGGCUUCUGGACUCUUACAUUUCCAGGACGUUGACUGUCAUGUGCCUUUGGCAAUGGUAUUCACCUUGGCCCUAGCUUAUGGAGCUGUUAUCCUUCUUGGCAUUUCUGGAAAUCUGGCCUUAAUUAUUAUCAUCCUGAAGCAAAAGGAAAUGCGCAAUGUGACCAACAUCCUCAUUGUCAAUCUGUCCUUUUCGGACCUCCUAAUAACCAUCAUGUGUCUUCCUUUCACAUUUGUAUAUACUCUAAUGGACCACUGGGUUUUUGGGGAAACUAUGUGCAAACUGAAUCCUUUUGUGCAGUGUGUCUCUGUCACAGUCUCUGUUUUUUCUUUGGUCCUCAUUGCUAUUGAACGCCAUCAGUUGAUUAUCAACCCUCGGGGAUGGAGGCCUAAUAACAGACAUGCCUAUGUUGGAAUUGCUGCCAUCUGGAUCCUAGCAGUGGCCUCAUCUUUGCCUUUCCUUGUAUACCAUGUCUUAACUGAUGAUCCUUUCACUAAUCUAACCAUAGAGGACUACAAAGGAAAAUAUGUAUGCUUGGAUUCAUUUCCAUGGGAGUCAGUCAGACUUUCAUACACUACUAUCCUCUUGGUGAUACAAUACUUGGGUCCCCUUUGCUUUAUAUUAAUUUGCUACUUAAAGAUCUAUAUUCGCUUAAAAAGAAGAUGCAGCGUGGUGGACAAAAUGCGGGAUAAUAAAUACCGAUCCACUGAAACAAAAAGGAUCAAUAUUAUGCUGAUCUCAAUUGUGGUGGCAUUUGCAGUGUGCUGGCUGCCACUCACCAUCUUCAAUACAGUUUUUGACUGGAAUCAUGAAAUUCUCCCUGCGGCCUGCAGCCAUAAUUUGUUGUUUUUAAUCUGUCACCUUACAGCUAUGAUCUCAACCUGUGUGAAUCCUAUCUUCUAUGGAUUCCUCAACAAGAACUUUCAACGGGACCUACAAGUUUUCUUUCGUUUCUGUGACUUCCAUGCCAGGGACGAUGACUAUGAAACAAUAGCCAUGUCUACAAUGCACACUGACAUUUCAAAGACUUCUUUGAAGCAAGCCAGCCCUAUCACUUUUAAAAAAUUUAAUGACCAUGCUGAUGAAAAAAUAUAGCUGCUGUCACUACUGGCAUGGUUUCAUGGAUAAGCACUAUAUUUUAAAGAGAUUUAUUUCUCUUCCAACUCUGAAAUGUCACUUUCAUGUCUCUGCUAUUUUCAUUUUUGUUGCAUGUUUGCUAUUUUUAGAAAUCAGAAGAGUUCUUUCUAACAUUAUAACGUAUAUUGACAUUG